AGACAUGAAACUUUGGAGAAGUCAUCAAAGUGUGAGAUUUCUGUGGCCUCUUGAAUUAACAAUUUUGCUACUGGUGCAAGUGACACGGAAAACAUUGUAGGGGAGUCUCUUCGUGGUGGAUUUUAGGCUUAUUCUUCCAAGCAUCUUUUCAUCUGUGAUCCUGUCACUUCUUCUUCACACAGCUGUGACUCUCUACGGCCUUUUCGCAGUCCAGCUGGUGCUCUUCCUCUCUGUCUAGUGCUUUCUCCAAACACUUACUCCAGUCUCGAGUAUCUGACUUAGUCAGUGACACAAUUGCUCAUACUUGAGAAGUGGAGGACGCCGGUCAACCAGCAGUUGAUCACAUAUCAGUGACUUUCCCACUCAUACUUAUUUGCUGCUAUCGUGGGUGGAUGAGCAAUAGUGCAAUGGUUGCCGUUGCGAUUUGUUGUAUUCUGGUCCUCCUUGCCGUCUUCAUUGUCAUCAUCAUAGUUGUGGGGCAAACAAUGGGAGAGCCAAAGUGAGACAAGCUUCAAUUGGGGCCUGGCACUUUUCCGGAUGGAUAGCAAAGGCCCCCCAUUUGUUAGUUAGCCGCUACUUAGCUGCAAGUUUUUGUAUUCUGUUGCGCUCUUAGAUGCUAAAAGAAUAUACAUUUGUGCCCAAAACUUUUUGAGUGUUGAGCAAAAACUAUUUAAUUUGCCAAAAAAAAAUUUGCGUGAGUGCUUUGUGCAGAAAAAAGCGACAAUUCGGUAGAGAUAUUUAGUUAAAAAAAAAGUUUUUGUAGAAUAAAAUGGCAUGUUAGUGUGAAUAUCCCUUGAGUUACAUCCAAGGGUGGAAAGUGAAAUCCUGUAAAGAUCAUCAUGAAUGCAAAUGUGAGCUGUGGAUGAAAUUGUCCCUGGGAUGAAGCGACAGAAGAGUGUCUAAAUGGAAUUAUAGAAAUGAAAUUGAAAGUCACUGAGAAUGUCUGUAUUCCAUAGCAAAAACCCUCGAUGUUCAAAGUCCACAAGCACAAAACGGAGGGUUAAGGAGUUAGAUGUGAAAAACUUCCUAAAGUUUCAUCACUGCUCAACAUCUUGCUCCAGGGACAUUUUUCACUCUUUUCUCACCCUAGUCAGAGAAUCCCAUCCAGUAACAUCAUGGAUGAGGGAUGGUUUGGGUGAAAAUUCAGUAAACAGUACUGGAUAAUGUCGACAAAAAAGACUACCAAAGUCGUUAGGAGGAAGAAUGGCGAGGAAGCGUAAGAAGAAAUGUGUUAGCAGUGGGAGAAAAGUGAAAAAUUAUCAGUAGAGUCACUUUCCAAGGAUAAGAAGAAAAAGACAACCCUCCCAACAUUGAGGGAAGAAAUUGCACAACUAUUGUGCCACUGAAAGUUGAGUGAAAGCUCAAAAGGUGCUCUUUCAUAUAAUAAUAGAUAUUUGCCUGAUGCAGGUCAUACAAAUGUUUAUGCAAAGGAGUUUAUUUCGAUUAGAAGUGAAUAACGUGCAUUUGUUGCACAUCAAACAGUGUAAACCCCUCUAUAUCAUUUUUUAUCGAAUUAUAUAAUGAUGUCUCUUUACUCCAUAUACAACCUUUUGACACUAUCAAUUUCAUCAAAAUUAAAACAACAAAAAAAUCAUCAAAAUCACGGGAUUCAAUUUCGUAGUUACAAAGUCUUCUUUUGAUAUAGUGCAAAUUGGAGUGUCCUAAUUCGAUAAAAGCAUUUUUGUUAAAUACUUUGAACUCGAACGAUCGUUUUAAAUGAAAGUGUGUAAAUAGUUCAGAAUUAUCUCUAGAUAACAGAUGGAAAAAGUGUUCGAUGGUAAUUUAAAGAGAACAUUUCACAAAAGAAAUCAAUUGAACAAAAACUUUUUAAAUCUGGUAAUAAUUGAUUGAAAACAGAAAAGUUUCUGUGAGUUUUUUUAAUGUAUAUUUUAAAAUCACUUAUAAAAUACUAUCGUGUGUAAAUAUUCUAAAUAAAAUACCUAUAUUCGUGUCAUUUUACCAUUUAAUAUUUCAUGGUGAACAGAAAAAAAGUGUAUUUAUAAAAUUUAAAUAAAAUAUUGAAAAGUUGUUAAGAAGGAAAAUUCUAAUGUGAAUUCUGAGCAUUUUUUUGUCUCCUCCAAUCUGUCGACAAUAUGUGGAUAUAUGGAGGUGAAAUGUACAUGCAAGAGUGAAAAAAAUCAUUUUUAAAAUGAAUUUAUAAAAAUAACAUGUGUCUGACUGAUAUUUUUUACCCGUUCUCUGAUGUUAGUGUGUAAUUAUAAACUCUUAACGUAAAAGCAAUAUGUGUUAAACUGAAAAUAUAAUAUCGUAAUUUGAUAAAUGUUGAAACACUUUUCCCAUUUAUCAUGAAAAUAUAUUUAAAAAAAAACAUGAGAUGAGAAGUCUAAAAUAAAGUGAACUAUAGUGUUGUAAAUUAAUGUUGUACUUGUUAGAAUUUAUUGAACAUCCAGACAUUUAGUAUGUAUGUACAGUUACACAUUUUCCAUAAUUAAUUAAUUGGCCGUUAAAUUGAGUUUUGUGGAAAAUAAUGAAAAUGGACAAAAAUAUGAUUAUAAUUGCGCAUUCGUUCACUGUGGAAAAUUUAGUGUGCUAAAAAGUUCGCUUUUGGCAUAUUAUGGCAAAGGAUGUGUGGAGUGAGGAACCAAUUAAAAAUAUUUGUGCCAAAAAUCCACCGCUGAGAGGGAUGAAUUCUGGUGUAGGAAAAGUCUAUCGUCUCAGCAGUUUCAAAUACGAAUAUUCUACCAUUUGGCAAUAAU